AUAUGUUUAUGGGUCGGCAGGUAUGCUCCGUUUACAAGGUGGUGGGCAUUGCUUCAUUGAUUGAUGUAAUCUGUAAACUCGAAAUUCUUUCUUUGGCUAACGCUCUUAAUUAUAUAACUUACACUGAACUUUUAUAUUUUCACAUGCCUUUAAAUAUGAUAUAUAAAUUAAUUCAAUUAUACAUGAAAUAUCAAGUGAAAUACAUAAUUGCUAGCAAGGAAAAUAAUUUAAAUGAUAAGAAAAAUCGUCGCAUUUGAUUGUUUUAAUAUCCUUCCCCAACUUUAACUUUCCAUUUAUUUGCUUUUAAUUAGUACAAUCUCGAUAAAGAUCAGACCAUGAAUUAACAUUGAUACAAAUGGCCCAGUCCAGGUCCCAAUUGAAAUCCUGUGCUUGCAGUCGAGCAUAAAAGUUGGCGCCAUGAACACCAGCUUCGAUUCCAAUGCGGGUUCAAGCUUAAGUUCCAGUUAUUCGAUCUAUCGCAGCUACCUGGAGAACUCGAGGAUCGAUAUGCAGGGGGAGGACGCCAAUUUGUAUGUGGCCCGGGCACUACGGCUGGUCAUCGAGAAUGUGCUGGCCCAGCUGAGCACCACGCUGGUGGUGACCAUUUCCACGCGCCACCUGGGCACCGCCCACUGGUUUGAGUAUAUGAUGAACAACCUGAUGGAUUCGUGGCGAAUGGUUGCGGUGCAGCUGCUACGCAUUCGUCCGGAUCUGAUGGUCAAUCCGGUGCCGGGAAGGAAACGCGUCAGCCUGUUAAUGGUGGACUCCUAUCAGGGUUUGCUGGACACCAACAUCACGGCCAGCAAUGCGGACUUUGAUGAUCCGGACUACUACUUCAUCUUCUUGCAGGCGCGAGACCAUCUCAUUCCCAAGGAGCUUCAAUUGAUCCUGGAUCACUGCUUGGCUCACUUUUGGCUGCACUGCAACGUUAUGAUCCAGACCGCCCAGGUGGAGGUGUUGGUCUAUACCUAUUAUCCCUACACAGCGGACGCCUGCCAGAAGGCUCAUCCCAUUCCAGUGAAUACUUUUGAUGGUCGCAAAUGGAAAGCGUCCCAGAUGUUUCCCGAUAAACUCAGCCAGAUGCACGGCUGUCCACUGACUGUGCUCACCUGGCACCAGCCGCCCUUCGUGGAGUUGGUCUGGGAUCCGAAGCUAAAUCGCAGCCGUGGCAGUGGCUUCGAGAUCCAGCUGGUGAAGCACCUGGCUCGUCGAAUGAACUUCAGCCUGGAGUUGGUCAAUAUUGCGCUGCUGCGUCCAAACGCUUAUCGCCUGGCGGAGGGCUCCAGCGAGGGACCCAUAGAAAAGCUCCUGCAGCGCAAUGUCAACAUCAGCAUGGGUUACUUCCGCAGGACAGCGCGCCGGAAUCAACUGCUUACCACCCCCAUGUCGUACUAUUCGGCCAAUCUGGUGGCCGUCCUCCAGUUGGAGCGCUAUCGUAUCGGUUCGCUUGCGCUGUUGGUAUUUCCCUUCGAGCUCUCCGUUUGGAUGCUUCUGCUCCUGGCAUUGCUAAUUCACAUGGGCAUCCAUCUGCCAUCUACAAGGAGGGGAAAUCAAGAAGAUGGUGGCGGGGGAUUGCAGGUGGUGGCCCUGCUUUUGGGCGCCGCCUUGGCCCGACUGCCGCGCCCCUGGAGGCACCGCUUCAUUGCCGCCCACUGGCUGUGGGCCAGUAUACCCCUGAGGAUAUCCUAUCAGUCCCUGCUCUUUCAUUUGAUCCGCCUGCAACUGUACAGUACUCCAUCGUUUUCCCUGGAUCAACUGCUGGCGGAGGGAUUCCAGGGUAUUUGCAAUGCGAAUACCCAGCGAUUGCUGCUUGAGAUGCCACAGGUGGCCCGCGAUCCGGAUAGUAUUCAAUCCCUGGACACACCGUUCGAUUGGGAUGUUUUGAAUGUACUGACGCGGAAUAGAAAUCGAAAAAUAUUCGCCGUUGCCAAUCAGGAUGUCACCCUAUCCUUUCUACACUCCUCCGCACAUCCCAAUGCGUUUCACGUGGUCAAGCAGCCCGUGAAUGUGGAAUACGCUGGAAUGUAUAUGCCCAAACACUCGUUUCUAUACGAGAAGAUGGACGAUAACAUUCGGCGGCUGGAUUCCAGCGGAUUUAUCCACGCCUGGCGACGCGCAUCCUUUGCAUCCGUCCAUCGAAGGGACCAGGUGCACAUGACCAGCCGGCGGUACAUUAACCAUGCCAAGCUCUCCGGGAUCUACAUGGUCAUGGGGGGUCUGUAUCUUUUAGCUGGCCUCGUGUUCGCCGGAGAGCUAUUACUUCGGCAGAGGAACUAGAAGCUCGGAAAAUAUGUUUAUUGAAAUAAGAUAUUUAGUUAGUAUUUAGUUUGUGUUAGCAUAUAACAAACAUAU